AUGGUGACAACUCUUAUCCUCCAAAGGUCAACAGAUCACAUAUUUGCUAGUUCAAGUGAAGAAUUGGAAAGUUUCGGGCAACUUUUCAGGAGCGCAACAAUGUGCUUAUCCACACACUAUGCCAGAAUUGAUGAUGCACUACCAAACCCAUAUAUUUCUUUGUACAUGCAACUUGGAUCAACAAUUAAUGGUUUGCAAUUGUCACAGGAACCUAUGAAAGUUCUCACUAAAACACAGAAUCAAGUGCAAAACCGAAUUUGCAAUGGGAGUCCUCCUAAAGGAAAGUCAAAUGAUCCAAUGAUAUGGUAUAAAGCAUAUAUUGAACAUACACAACUUACUGCAACUCAUGGUGGUGCACCUCUGUGUCAUGAAAUAGCAUGCCAACUAUUUCCUUUGGUUUUUCCUAUAGGUUUAAAAAUAAAAUAUUCAAAAUUAAAAUCUGAUCAACUAGAAUGUCUUGAGCAAGAACUUGUUAAUCAAUCAAAAUGCUUGCAUAGCAGUCCAAUAUCAAGAUACAUAACUAAUAGUGAUGUUAUGCAGCUUAUACAACAAAUCAAUAAUAUUAAUCUAGAAGCUGAAGAAUCUUUUUGGUUAAAGCUUGCUGAACUGGGUGAAAAAAUAUCAUUUAAAAAACAGUCUACAUUUGAAG